AUGGCUGUUCAACAUGAACAGGAGGGUGCUGAGUGCAUGACCCUGGGGGCCUCCAGUGUGGCCCUAGAGGGGAGGAGCCAAAACCACUUUGUGGAUAAACACAGAGUGGAGCUGAUCCAGAGAGUGAGCAACAUCGAGCAGAUUCUGGAUGAGCUCCAAUACAAGGAAGUUAUCGACCAAGAACAAUAUGACAAAUUUAGAGCUCUGCCUACCUCUCAGGGCAGGAUGAGGGAGCUCUACAGUGGUCCCCUGAAAGCCAGAAAGCAUUUUGUGGACAAACACAGAGUCCAGCUGAUCCAGAGAGUGAGCAACAUCGCACCCAUUUUGGAUGAGCUCCAAUACAAGGAAGUUAUCGACCAAGAACAAUAUGACAAAAUUAGAGCUCUGCCUACCUCUCAGGACAGGAUGAGGGAGCUCUACAGUGGUCCCCUGAAAGCCAGUGCAGCCUGCAAAGACAUCUUCUAUGAAAGCCUUUUGGCAAAUGAGAAAUUUCUCGUUGAAGACCUUUCAAAGAAGUAA